CCUAAAGAGCGUCGACGACUUGUCAACGCUCACGAACCAUCUGCUAAACUCUCGGCACGCAAGUUCGCAGUACAAGACAACGCCGUCCAACAUGUCGACAUCGGGGAACACGCAGAAAUGUCGGCAAACGAUAUCAUACAUGCCACGAAACCUGAAGAUAGGCAGCCCAGUCUGACUAAAAAGGCGAAACUCCAGCUGAAGAAAGAACUCUUUCUACAGCGCUUAGAAAGUGGCAAUGGGCCUUACUCCAAAUCGCAUGCCAGACGACUGAAGCGCAAAUCUCGCGAAAAGAUCGCAGGAGGCCUCGAUGAUCUGCGCACCGCUAUAACCUCAGUAGAGGAAGCAAUCCCCGUCGCGGUGCAAAAUUCCGUGCAAGAGAUAUCGGAGGACAUAUCUGCUUCUAAUCCGCCCAGCCGAGUUAAGCCUAAACCCGGACAGAUCGGGGAGGGUAAAGCGGCACCGCUCAGCAAGACCCAGCGGAAACGAGCACUUCAAGUCGAACAGAUUCGACAUCCCCUGAUAUUGUCGAAUCCAGAUUACGUUUCGAACCCUUUCGAGACCAUACGCAAGCACGCUCAGAAUACGCUUGUGAAACGCCAAGACUCUGUCUGA